UGUUUACGAUAGCAGUCGGUGUGUUUUUGGUCCACAGCGGCGGCUCGAGCGGUUUUUGUGUUUAAACCGAUUGAACUCAGGUGUUUUCGGGUGUUUGGGGGUUAAUAUUCGCUGAGGAUGGGGAAAGCGGAUUUUCUGUCUCCUAAAGCGAUAGCUAACCGGAUUAAAUCCAAAGGUCUGCAGAAGUUACGCUGGUAUUGUCAGAUGUGUCAGAAACAGUGUCGAGAUGAGAAUGGCUUUAAAUGUCACUGCAUGUCGGAGUCCCACCAGAGACAGCUGCUGCUCGCCUCCGAGGACCCCAACAAGUUCAUGGACUAUUUCUCCGACGAGUUUAAAAACGACUUCCUGGAGCUGCUCAGGAGACGUUUCGGAACCAAACGAGUUCACAACAACAUCGUCUACAACGAGUACAUCAGCGACAGAGAGCACGUCCACAUGAACUCCACGCAGUGGGAGACGCUCACCGACUUCACCAAGUGGCUCGGCAGAGAAGGUUUCUGCAAGGUGGACGAGACCCCGAAAGGCUGGUACGUUCAGUACAUCGACCGCGACCCCGAAACCAUCCGCCGCCAAGAGGAGCAGGCGAGGAAGAAGAAGCAGGAGCUGGACGACGAGGAGCGGAGCGCCAAGUUCAUCGAGGAGCAGGUCCGCCGAGGCCGCGACAACAAAGAGACGGACGAAACUCCAGUUUACACGGAGCUGAAACGUGAAAGUGAAGAAGAAAAAGUCGCUUUCAACCUCGGCGCCUCCUCAUCCGUAGCCGGCCCGUCCAAGUCAAGUUCCGCUCUGAGUGCGAGCGCCCUCCGAGCGGCAGCAGCAUCAGCCGCCACCAAGAGGAAAGACACGAGCUCAGACAGCAGAGCGGAGAAGAAGAAGAAGUCUGCUCUGGAGGAGAUCAUAGAGAUGGAGGAGAAGAAGAAGCAGCAGUCGGUCAGGACGGAUUAUUGGCUGCAGCCGAACAUCGUGGUCAAAGUCAUCACCAAGAGGCUGGGAGAGAAGUACCACAAGAAGAAGGCCGUCAUCGCGGAGGUGCGAGACAAAUACGGAGCGGUGGUGAAGAUGAUCGACUCUGGAGACAAACUGAAACUGGACCAGAAUCACUUGGAGACGGUCAUACCUGCACCAGGUAAACGAGUUUUGAUCCUGAACGGUCCGUACAGAGACACGGAGGCUCUGCUGGAGGGAAUCGACGAGAAAAACUUCAGCGCCACGCUCACGCUCGACUCGGGUAAACAAAGAGGGAAGAGAGUGGACGUCGCUUAUGAGGAUUUCUCCAAACUGGCCUGAAAAAAACGACGUUCCCGCUCGACGCUCAGGGACUCUACUGUGUCAGAGUUACUUUCCCAUGAUGCACCUGUACAUACCCACACCCGCCACCGUGCUCCCAGUGAGUCGUCACAAACUCAGAGAAAUGUC